CCCAGCAUGCCAUGCGUGCGCGCUGACAGCCUUAUAAAUAGUCGCCUUUGCAGGCGGCUGAGAGGACAGGCAGGGCACGCACUGGCCCCAGUGCCCACCACACCUCCCCCAGAGUGCUGACGUAGCUCCCAGACCUCAGCAGGAUGGAAGAGAAGCUGAAGAAAGCAAAGAUCAUCUUUGUGGUGGGCGGGCCUGGCUCAGGAAAGGGCACCCAGUGUGAGAAGAUUGUGCAGAAAUAUGGCUACACCCACCUCUCUACUGGGGACCUGCUGCGGGCAGAAGUCAGCUCUGGAUCAGAGAGGGGCAAGACGCUGUCAUCUAUCAUGGAAAAGGGGCAGCUGGUGCCUCUGGAGACGGUGCUAGACAUGCUCCGGGAAGCUAUGCUGGCCAAAGUGGAUUCUUCCAAUGGCUUCCUGAUUGACGGCUACCCGAGGGAGGUGAAACAGGGAGAAGAGUUUGAAAAGAGGAUCGGGCAGCCCACACUGCUACUGUAUGUGGACGCAGGCCCUGAGACCAUGACCCAACGACUCCUAAAGCGAGGGGAGACCAGUGGCCGUGUGGAUGACAAUGAGGAAACCAUCAAAAAGAGGCUGGAGACCUAUUACAAGGCCACAGAACCUGUCAUUUCCUUCUAUGACACGCGCGGCAUUGUGCGAAAGGUCAAUGCCGAAGGCACAGUGGACAGUGUCUUCUCCCAGGUCUGCACCUACCUGGACUCGCUGAAGUAACUGGAGCCCUUGGCCAGAUCCCAGCCUGCCCCACCCUUGCCCCCUGACCCCAGGCAGCCUGGCUCAAGCCCAGCACCUCCACCCUGCCGGGUUGUGCACAGACACAGGAAGCCACUUUAUCCUGUCCCAUGGACAUCUGAGCACUAAAGGAAUUGCCAAGGACAUUUGGGCUCACUCCCUUUUCUUUGCUUCCAAUCGAGGUGAUUCAUGCCGCCACAGCCAGAGGCUCCAGCACGGCCAGCCCAUUCUCGCCUGUGCCUCAGCCUUGCUGUCUUGUCUCCAUCUAGCUCUGCUGGGGUCCUAAGCCAUUCCUUAAGCCAGGCCAUGUCAAGCCUAGGUGUCCCUGGGUUGACAGGCUGCUCCUGGGGUCUGGAGUUCAGCCUCUGUGACUCAUAGCCUUGUCGGAUGGCUUUGGCCCUAAGUCACCAUCUUUCUGGAAUGAAUCUUCUUUUUUUUGUGUGUCUCAAGCUGGCCUCAAACCUGCUUUGUAACUGAGGACAACCUUAAUCCUCAGUUCCUCUUGCCUCCAUUUCUCUUCCUGAGUGCUGCUAUCACUUCUGGGUUUUGGGGUGCUGGGGAAUCAAGCCCAUGGCCUUGUCUAUGCUAGGCCAGCACGCUACAAAUUGAGCUACAUCUCCAGCCUGAGCAGGACUAUGCCUGACUGGGGCCUUGGCUGCAAAAGGCAAAGGGCCACAAGUAUGCCAACUAGAGUCAUGUGGCUACCGGGCGGCAGGAGCUGUGCAGUGGUCAUAACAGCUAGGUGGGAAGUUGAGGUCAGGUGUGGUCUUCCUGAGGAAGGAAUUCAAAGGCUCCUCUGGUAAGGCCCUGCCAGGCCUCACCACCCUUUGGGCUGGUUGUAAACCCAGUUGUCAUGCUGUGUUGUAACCCUUAUCCUCAGUGUUAGGGCAAGAGUGUGCUGAUUAAGGAGCCUGAGACAUAGGCAUGGAUGUGGGAUCAAGGACCAGGCCUGGGACCUGGAGAGGACACCAGGAGAGAUCCCCAGAAGAGCUGGCACCUCUCUUCUACUCUUUCAUUCUUUGAUCUCAUCACAUAGGAAGGUUCUGUUGGUGCUCACCAGUCCCUGGUCCCUAUCCCUGGUGACUUCCCCUUAAGACCCAGAUAGCCUGUAGCCAGCAGCCACAACUGCCCCAGGGGCACCUGCCCUGGGAGUGACGGUGCUCAUUCCGUUCUGUUUACUGCCAGUGGGGCCACCUUUUCUUUUGCAUUGCCUAUUUGAGCUGUCCUUUAAAAUAAAUAAACAUAUUUCAGUU